UAGUUUCUCUGUCUUGCACACAUAUUAGCUCUGGAAGGUCCUACUGUAUCGAGUUAUGUUCGAUUUUCAAUCAAUGGCAGUUUGGAGCCCAUACCGUCUAAUAUGCUCAUCAGCAGUGUGGCUUUGUCAUCAAUAGAUGUGGAAAAAGAAGGCUAUCAAGAAUUCAAUUGCACAAGACUUGAAAACGAGCUAAUUGAAUGUAUAUUCAACAACUACAACAGCAGCCAAUCACUGGACUCUGCUAAAUUGAAGGUGGUUCUAGUGAAUAAAGGUAUCAUUUCAGCCAGCGAAAUCAUCAUUGAAGCAGACAACGGGUUCUGCGAUAAUGAUUCCACAACUAACGAGCAGUUUGGAGGACACACAUGGCUGGAAACCAGUGUCGGAGACCCACAUCAAGUACAAUGUGCCUUUGGACCACCCAACUCAUAUGCCCGACGAGACUGUUUGUCUCGGGAGGGGAGACAGUGGAGUGACAUCAUAGACUAUAGUAGUCAUUGCUACACCAAGAUCACAAUGAUGUAUCAAGUAUUCAAAGUGGAGAAUUUAGUGGAGGAAAAUCUUGUCGUAAUGUUGAAGGAAUUCGCAGCACUGGUGAAAAUGACAGUCGACACCAUUGACCAAUCUCGCAGAAACUUUGAAGUGAUUACAAAUGUACUCAACGCCACCAGUAGCAUUGUCAACAACGCUACCCUCAAUGAUACAAAUCUGAGACAGGUUGUUAAGUCGGUGUCAAGUAUAGUAGAUGAUCUACAAGUCUGGGAGGAGGACGAAAUUCAGAUGACAAAUAACAUAAAUGUGGUUGAAGUGUUAGAAAAUGUGGCAAAUUCUCUGGCCGUAAAUGAAGAGAUUGGAACCGAAGAAAAAGUUACAGUUUUACUUUUUGAGGGCAAUACAUCUGCCCUACUUGUGGAAAGAAACAACAUAGAGCAGCUCCAAACAAGUGGAAGAGAAUUUAGUGCCACAAGAGAUGACAAUGGCAUUAACACAACGUCAGGGGUGACUGAUGGUGUCCUGGCUUCAAUUCAGCUCCCGGAGAGCUUGUUUAGUAACGACAGAGUCACUAACAACCCUGUCGGUGGCGGGGUUGGAUUGGUGUUUUCUUUCUUCGAGACCCCUGUCCUCUUUCCUCUGACCAAUGGGACUCGUGCAGACCUACAGAUUCGUACUUCAGUUAUUGGCGCACUGAUUGGUGGUAUACCUACCACAUCAGACCUUCUGGACCCCAUUAUAAUCACCUUUCAGUUGGAAAUCGAUACAGAGGAUGAAGUGGUUGAAAAUGCAGCAUGUGUCAGCUGGGAUUUUGAAGCUUCGGGUGGUGUAGGGAACUGGACAAAUAGAGGAUGCAACACAAACCUGGAUAAGGUGUCCAGAACCGAUUAAAUGCAACUGCAAUCAUCUAACAAACUUUGCUGCAUUAGUCGAUGUAUGUUCCAGAACUGAGGGCGACUGUGAACAAUCUGAAGCUUCUAAGACAGCUCUUGAGAUCAUUUCCUACAUCGGUGUUUCUCUCUCAAUCUUUGGGCUCAUAAUUACCAUAAUUACAAUGCUGGUUUUCAGUCAACUUCGAAAACGAGAUGCCUCAAAGUUCCACAUACAGCUGAGUCUAGCUCUACUGGGCAUGCUGGUGGUGUUUGUGGUGGGCAUCGAUAGGACUAAAGUGUUUGAGGGCUGUGUGACAGUCUCGGUGCUCAUCCACUACUUCACUCUGGUGGCUGUCAUGUGGAUGGGGGCUGAGGCUCUGCUCAUGUUCCAGAAGCUGGUCAUUGUCUUUGUCCAGAUCACCACUCGCUACAUCGUCAUGGUCUCUCUUGUCUGUUGGUUGGCUCCUCUACUCCCUGUGAUAAUCUCUGUCUCGAUUAACCCACGGUUCAUGGUGUCUUACCGCCAAGUACCAACCUUAGCUCCAAACGUCACUGUUGGAAAAGAGCCUGAUUUUUGUUUCAUUGGAGAGCCUGGAGUGCUGUUUGGUGCCUUCCUGGUGCCCAUUGUGGCCAUCCUAGUCUUCAACGCUACUGUGUUUGUGUUUGUGAUCAGAGUGCUGUUUAAGCACUCCAGGAAAAAGUAUGGCAACCGGGAUGUGAAGGUGGUCAAUACUGUCAGACAAAUGCUCAUCAGUAGCUUUGGGAUCAUGUUCCUGUUUGGUUUGUCGUGGGCUUUUGGUGCACUCACAAUAUCGGCUGCUUCAAUGGUGUUCCAGUAUCUCUUUGCGAUAUUCACCUCACUCCAAGGCUUCUUCAUAUUCCUCUUCUUCUGUGUGUUGGGAAAAGAAGCACGCGAGUCAUGGUUGCAGCUGCUAUGUCGUGGACGCAAACUGCCCUGGUUCACCUCUACAAUCAGUCAACAGAAGACACCUGCUUUCUCAACCAGUGGAAUCAGAACCAGAACAACUU